CGAACAGCUGGUCUGACGUCAUUCCGCUGCGCCCAGAUGCGUUCACCUGUUUUGUUCUUUUAUUCCCAAAUAUUUGACUGAAUUACUUUAUAAGGAGAGAUUUCAAGGAGACGCCCAGUAUGGCGUUAAAAUCUGGAGAAGAGCGCCUGAAAGAGAUGGAGGCCGAAAUGGCGCUGUUUGAGCAGGAGGUGUUGGGAGGACCUGUAGCCAUCUCUGCAGGUGCCCCCACAAUGGUUGAAGCUGUGUCAGUGGCUCUGACAAUGCCAGGGGUACCCAUCAUCAGGCCCAUCAUUGGCACAAACACCUACCGGGAGGUCCAACAGAGUUUGGAGGCAAGAGCUACAUUAGUUGGUCCUCUACCUACAUUUGUUGGCCCUGCUAUACCAGCAGUUCCACCUCCUCCAAUGAUGCGACCCGCAUUUGUCCCACACAUCCUACAGAGACCAGCUGGCCAGAGAAUGCCAUUGAUGCGUGGUCCUCCUCCUCAGGGCAUGAUCGCACCUCCUCUUCCCAGACCUCCACCUCCUCCACCCAUGAUGAUGGCUCCACCCAUGCCAGGACCUCCUCAGCCACCCAUGGAUCUAGUCGGACCACCCAUGGGGCCAAUGCCACCAGUUGGGAACAUGAACACAAUGACAGCAGCACCACCACGACCCAUGACACAGGCCCCGCCGAAAAUGACUCCGAGUGUAAUACAGGCAGCCCCCACUGUGUACACGGCCCCCCUGGCCCCUAAGAGAGUUGACCUCAAGAGCCAGAAGCAAGCACGCAUGGAGGAGUUGUCUGCAUUGGUGGCGGAGCAGCAGGCCGCAGUGAUGGCAGCUGGGCUGCUGGAUUCAAAGAAAGAGCAGGUCACAGAUGAGAGCGUCAUCGGGCCGAGUAUGCCGGAACCCGAGCCUUCACAAGCAGAGCCUGUUGAUAACAGCACGGAGGAUAAGAAGAAAGGGAAGCAAGAAAAGGUGAAGAAAUGCAUCCGGGUUGCUGCUGGCGUCUCAUGGGAAGACACAAGCCUAUCGGAGUGGGAUGCAGAUGAUUUCCGGAUAUUUUGUGGAGAUCUGGGGAAUGAGGUGAACGAUGACAUCCUGGCGAGAGCGUUUAGCCGUUACCCAUCCUUCCUGAAGGCAAAGGUUGUGCGAGACAAACGCACUGGGAAAACAAAGGGUUAUGGCUUUGUGAGUUUUAAAGAUCCCAAUGAUUAUGUGCGUGCCAUGAGAGAGAUGAACGGGAGGUAUGUGGGCAGCAGACCCAUCAAACUGCGGAAGAGCUCGUGGAAGGAUCGCAACCUGGAGGUUGUGCGUAAGAAACAGAAGGAGAAAAAGAAGCUAGGACUGAGAUAAUCCAACCGUACUGAAACUAUGGACUUGAUUUGUGUGCGUGUGUCAGUGUCAACAACGCAGAAGAAAUAUAGUGGAGUAGGACUGAGUCACACUCCUGUAUUAAGGUGGCAUCGUUGCAAAUGAACAAGCAUCAAAUUUCCACAUGGCCCACGAUAUGAAUUUAUUGCCCAGUGUAUGUAAAAUCGUGCAGAUUCUUUCUCUUCUCCAAAAUGCUCUUCAGAAAAAUUUUCAGAUAUAAAGUGUGGUAAUGAAACUGUUUUGCAUGUCGGUUUUUUUCUUCUUCCUCAUUUCUUUAAAAACAACAAAAGCAGUUAACUAUAAAGUUCAGGAAGACCGUUACAUUGGUUGCCAUUUAAGGUUGAUCUUUUCAAUAAACUGUGGAGUUUAAGUUUACAAUCUAACUGGUUUUGUU